GCUGAAUGGAUGCGAACUGUUUGUUUUAGUAUUUCUAGCCAUGCUUUUAAUGUGGCUUUUUUUGUUGGCAUAUUUUUGUGAAACUCUGGAUAAAUAUGAACAGGGAGACGUUUCAAAAUUUGAUUAUAGCAGAAUUACCUACACUAUUAACUUUAAGUCUUCAUUUUUGAUUGAAUGCUGAUGAACGAGGUUUACUUUUUUUCCAGUACAAUUACAAAAUAAGAAAAAAGGUGAUAAUAAGAAUUCAGGAGAUUUUCGUUUUGUAAAGUGACCAGUCAUUCCGUCGGCGCACUUGAGGAUGACAUCAAAUUGUGGGUCCAGUAGUAUUAUCAACAAUAUCAAUCCCCCCAUUCCGAAAUGGCAACUUGCUCUAGUGGUUGGAGUUCCGGUUGUUCUGGGACUUGGUUAUAUAUAUUACAGAAGUAAUACGAAACCAUCUUUAAAACCUGGUCGUGGUCAAUCCGAGGAUACUGUUAAGGAUAAUUGUACCAAAGCCGAUAAACAAGUAUCAAUCGUUGGAGAUGUAUUUUCGUGUACCGAACGAUCAUUCGAGAGUACUCUAGAAAAAGCUCAAAGUUUCAAGCAGGCAGGAAAUAAGUACUUUAAUGAUGGAAAAUAUCACGAAGCUAUUGCUUAUUAUAAUAAAGCAAUUGAAACAUGCACUAAUGAAAAUCCGGAAAAUCUCUCUGUCUUCUACCAGAACCGAGCAGCAGCAUAUGAAAAAUUGAACAAUUAUGGAAUGGUGAUGGCUGAUUGUACUAAUGCUUUGGAGCUAAAUCCACGAUACGUAAAAGCUUUAAUACGUAGAUCACGAGCUUUAGAGCGGACUAACAGUUUGGAAACCGCCCUGGAAGAUGUCACUGCUGCUUGUAUACUGGAGCAGUUUACAAAUGAUACAUCAUUGAUGUUAGCCGAUAAAUUAUUGAAGCAGCUUGGUAGAAAACAUGCACAAGAAUUUAUGGCCACAAAGAAAUCUGUCAUGCCUAGCAAGCAUUUUAUUAGAACUUAUCUUGAGGCUUUUCGUAAUGAUCCAAUCCUUAUAGAACUUGACUCAACAUCCAAAAUAAUUCCGACGUAUUUCUCAGAGGUAAUACAGGCAGUAAGAAACCAAGAUUAUGAGAAUGUUAUUUCGUAUUGUACAGAAAAAAUAGAAAAUCUUCAAGCAGACACUGUGUCAAAAUAUAAACUUCACCUGCUUAGAGGUACCUUUUACCUAUUACUUGGAGAGCACGAUAAUGCAAUCUCUGAUCUGAAUAUGAUUAUAACAACUAAAUCUGUCGUUAAGGAACUUAAAGUCAAUGCUUUAAUUAAAAGAGCUAGUAUACACGUACAACUAGAACACCCAGAAAAGAGUUUUUGUGAUUUUGACAUGGCGAUAGAACUUGAUCCAAACUGUGGAGAUAUUUAUCACAAUCGAGCGCAAGUCAAUCUUCUUCUGGAGAGAAUCAAGGAAGCUAAAGAGGAUUUUGAAAAGGCUGUUGAACUUCAUCCUGAUUCUGGACUCAUAUAUGUGCAGAAAUGUUAUGCAAAUUAUCGUUAUGGAGCAUCAAAAAAAGACGUUAGUUUAAUAGCAACUGCUAUGUCGGAUUUUCAAAAGGCAUUUGAAAAAUUUCCAGAUUGCUCGGAAUGUUAUACAUUAUAUGCGCAGAUGUUAUGUGACUCCCAAGAAUAUGAGAAAGCGGACUACUUCUUUAGCAAAGCAAUGGAGAAAGAUCCAAUGAAUGCAACAAUCCAUGUUCACAGAGGUUUAUUGCAAUUGCGUUGGAACUCAGAUAUAGAAAAAGCCGUGGUUCAUAUUAAAAAAGCCUUGGAGUUAGAUGAGAAGUGCGAAUUUGGCUAUGAAACUUUAGGAACUAUCGAAGUACAAAGGGGCAAUCUAAGAGAAGCCAUUCGCCUCUUCAACAAAGCUCUGAUGUUAGGACGAACAGCAAUGGAAGUUACGCACAUUUUUAGUUUGAAAGAUGCUGCUAAAACUCAAAUUACAGUAUCCAAAAGAUUGGGGAUGGGUCUGGCCUCAAAUAUGCAUCUAAUAUCUUAAUAACGUUUACAUAGAAUAGAAACCAAUGAUCGUACACACAUUGCUUAUAAGUUAUUUUAUUCAUUUAUUAUAUUGAAAUAAUAGUUUUGCAUCCGAAGAUAUUUAGAUGUAAUUAUAAAUUGUUAUUACAUAUUUCUAACAGGAAA